AUAUUUCUAAAGAAGGUUUAAAAACAUACGCUUUCCUGCUAUAUGUUAAUGUGUUUCAUGCUCAGUUUCCAUCGUCGUUUUGUCACAGGAUAUGCAUAUGUAGGAACAAUAUGUGAAACACCAAAUUACAGUGUGUCAGCUGUGGAAUACACUGACAACCUGGUUGACGACAUGCUCGUCACAACACACGAAGUCGGACAUGCGCUCAGCGCCUGGCAUGACGGGGAAUACAACAACGCGUGUAACUCUACAUACGAGUACAUCAUGACCGGCAGCGGGUACAGCACGACCCAUGUUCUUGACCACAACAACUACUACGUCUUUUCUACAUGCUCGUCACGCUACUUUCAAACCUUCAUCCAAGGAAUCCUGACAAACGGUUCAAAUGCCCAACAGCAAUGCCUACAGACGAGUCUCGAGCCUGCUUCUGUGACAAACAUCACGGGGACGAUGCCGGGGCAGCUCUACGACGCUCACACGCAGUGUCAAAUGAUGUUUGGGCCAGGCUUCGUCUUGCGAUCAGUACGAAAAAUAUAUUUAUUAGCAUUAGAAGAAAUCCUGCUUGGUCCAUCAUAUACUAGACAGGUGUAAAACUGUCUUUCUGCUAUAUUUCCAUUAUCACGAUAGACAUUUUACUCACUACUGAACAUGACAUUUACAGGAUUUCAACAUAAGUAAUUCAGAAAACAUAUGCAAG